AUGUCGGAACGUUAUAUUCCCGAGCAUCGCCGGACCCAGUUCAAGGCCCGGAACCAGUUCAAGCCCGAUGAGCUCCGUCGCCGCCGUGAAGAGCAGCAGGUCGAGAUCCGAAAGCAGAAGCGUGAGGAGAACUUGGCCAAGCGACGUGGUAUUCAGACCUCCGAUGGUGGAAUCGGCGUUGGUGGUGGCAUGGCCGGCGCCACCGAGAGUGACGACGAAGCCAGUGCUAUCGAGAGCGAGCUCAAUGUCGAACUCCCCCAGAUGGUGAAGGUUGUUGUCCAAGGAGCGCAACCCCCCCCUAUUGAGCGCGUUAUCGAGACCGGUGUUGUCAGCCGCUUCGUCGAGUUCCUCCGCUCCCCUCACACUCUUGUUCAGUUUGAGUCUGCCUGGGCUUUGACCAACAUUGCCUCGGGUUCCGCUCAGCAGACUCAGGUUGUUAUCGAGGCCGGUGCGGUCCCUAUUUUCGUUGAGCUUCUUGCCAGCCCCGAGCCCGAUGUCCGUGAACAGGCCGUGUGGGCCCUUGGUAACAUUGCCGGUGAUAGCCCUCACUGCCGUGAUUUCGUUCUCGGCGCCGGUGCUCUCCGCCCUCUUUUGAACCUCAUCAACGACGGCCGCAAGCUGAGCAUGCUCCGCAACGCCACAUGGACUCUCAGUAACUUCUGCCGUGGCAAGACCCCGCAGCCUGACUGGAACACUAUUGCUCCCGCUUUACCCGUCCUUGCCAAGCUCAUUUACAUGCUCGAUGAUGAGGUCUUGAUUGACGCUUGCUGGGCUAUCUCUUACCUUUCCGACGGCGCCAAUGAUAAGAUUCAGGCUGUCAUUGAGGCCGGUAUUCCCCGCCGCCUGGUGGAGCUCCUCAUGCACGCCUCUACCUCUGUUCAGACCCCCGCUCUCCGCUCCGUUGGCAAUAUCGUCACUGGUGACGAUGUUCAGACCCAGGUUAUCAUCAACUGCGGCUCCCUUCCCGCCCUCCUCUCCCUUCUCAGCUCCACCAAGGAUGGUAUCCGCAAGGAGGCUUGCUGGACCAUCUCCAACGUCACCGCUGGCAACUCCAGCCAGAUCCAGGCCGUCAUUGACGCUGGCAUCAUCGCUCCCCUGAUCAACCUUCUCGCCAACGGUGAUUUCAAGACCCGCAAGGAGGCUUGCUGGGCCAUUUCAAACGCUACCUCCGGUGGUCUGCAGAAACCCGAGCAGAUUCGUUACCUUGUUUCCCAAGGCUGCAUCAAGCCCCUCUGUGACCUGCUUGCUUGCCCUGAUAACAAGAUCAUCCAGGUUGCUCUUGACGGCCUCGAGAACAUCCUCAAGGUUGGCGAGAUGGACAAGGAGGCUGGCUCGGGCGAGGCCCGUGUCAACCGCUACGCCCUCUUCAUUGAGGAGGCUGGUGGUAUGGAGAAAAUCCAUGACUGCCAAAACAAUGCCAACGAGGAGAUCUACAUGAAGGCCUACAACAUCAUCGAGAAGUACUUCUCGGAUGAGGAUGAGGCUGCCGGUGAGAUCGACGAGCUGGCUCCUCAGCAGACCCAGGCCGGCUUCACUCUCGGCACUGGUCAGCAGCCUUCCGGCGGAUUCAACUUCGGCAACGGUGGUGACUCCAUGGACAUGUAA